AUGCCCAAAUCAAAACGAGCCAAGGUCGUCCACCUGACGCAGGUGACCAAGAAGACGCGCGAGCACAAGGAGCGCCUGUUCGAGAGCAUACGCGAGUGCAUCCCGCAGUACCAGCACUGCUUCGUCUUCGGCAUCGACAACAUGCGCAACACAUACCUCAAGACCGUGCGCCAGGAGCUGACCGAUAGCCGCCUCUUCUUCGGCAAGACCAAGCUCAUGUCGAAGGCACUAGGCCACAGCCCCGAAGACAGCUACGCCGACAACAUCUACAAGCUGACCCCCUACCUCAAGGGCACAGUCGGCCUAAUCUUCACAAACCAGUCACCCCAAGAAAUCCAGGCCUACUUCGCAGCGCUAUCGCACGUCGACUUCGCGCGCGCCGGCGCCGUCGCGCCCCGCGACUUCGUCAUCCCCUACGGCGUCGUGCACAGCACCGCCGGCGGGGUCCCCACCGAGCACGACGUGCCGCUCGGCCACACCGUCGAGCCCGAGCUGCGCCGCCUCGGCGUGCCGACGCGCAUGGUGAAAGGGCGAGUCGUGCUGGAGGAGCCGCCCGAGGGCGGCGAGGGGCUGAAGGAUGGCGGCAUCGUCGUCUGCCGCAAGGGCGACGUGCUCGAUUCGCGCCAGACGCGCCUGUUGAAGCUGUUUAGCGUCUGUCUGAGCGAGUUCAGGGUGAAGGUGUUGGCGUACUGGAGCGCGGCGAAUGGGGAGGUCACCGAGGUAGACGCGGAGGCUAUGGAGGGUGUCGAGGAUGCGGUGGUCGCGGACAGCGAGUAA